AUGCUCUUCAGGAUCGUCUCUUACUCGCUCAACGGCUUCAUGCGGUGGCGGUGGAAGCCCGACGGCAGCGACCUCCCCAUCUUCAACCCGGCGCAGUUCCUCGAGAUCGUGAGGGGGAAAUCGUUGGCUUUCGUUGGUGAUUCUGUUGGGAGGAACCAGAUCCAGUCCUUGAUUUGCUUGCUCUCCAGGCCUGCAGGCCGCUCUCGACGCUAUCACUCACGACAUGGCUGUUUCUGGUGA